ACUGUUAUUAUAGUUCGUGAACGAUAAAUCGAUCGUAAUAUGAACGCGUCACACAAACUUUGUGUAAUUACCAAUUUCUGCUAAUUGCAGAAAUAAAUAGAAAAAGUCGGCUAGAGUGCUUGAGAACCUUCGGCUAAAAUUGCAACUGAUAAUUGUGUGAUCGGAAACCUUGUGACUGUGACCAUUAUGGAUUAUGUCAUUUGGAGAGUUUUGAUGAAAAAGUACUCGAAAGUACGGCUGGGACUUUACAAAUCUCUGGUGACUCCUGCUGGUCGCCCGGCUCUAACAUACGACAACCAAUCAUGGAAAGAAAAGCCCGACAAUGAGACCGGGGAACCAGGAGAUUCGUCCGCCAAAAUAUCAGAAGCGAAGCAGAGUAAGACGAAACGAGUGAAGAACUUUUUGAAGAAUAAAUACAAGACUGCGAUCGGAUCGAAAUCGGGCAGUUCGGACCAGAGCUCGUCCAGCGAAUCGGCUUCGUGGUAUUUGGAAAAAAUCACCGUUCAAAGUGAAAUUAGUGAACUGGACGAAGUGUUCGAAGAUGCGUGCGAAUCGUUCGAUGAUCCAAAAUCGUGUGAACAAUAUCAAAUCGCCAAUGUUAUAUUGAUCAAGCGCCCAGCUGAAGAUCCUGAAAAAACUGAUCUGAUAGUGGAUGGGUCGAUGGACAAUAAAGUUUCUUGUUCAGAUGCAACAAAUUCAGGAGUUACCUCAGCUUUCUUGACCGAAUCGCAAGAAACGCCAGAUGGUGACGUUGAAGAUGAAAUUGCAGACAUGUGCGAAGAAAUGAAAAAGGCAAAAAAGGAUGUGGCAGGCUUAGUUGACAGAUAUUUUGGCGGCUUGUACCAGAACUACGAUCGAUCGAAAAAAUCUUUGAUCAGACAGGCGAGGGAUCUGUUGGUGUGUGAAUACUAUGGCAAUCUCGAAAGAUUCGAGAACGAAUUCUGUAUACAGGCUGCGAAACUACUUCAACAUCUGAAGGAUAAGGCGACAGACGGGUGUUCGCCCAGAGGAUGGCCAUUAUGCAUAGGCGCUUCCGGAAUAGUGAUCCAUUUAAGUCCUUUGGACCCUUCAGCCGUAAGAAAUAAGGACUGCUAUCUCUGUUUGAGAACCAGAAGCCUUCCAGGUCUGGAGGUUGCGCUGGUGUGGCGCAAAAACCACGAAUUGCACUUCCAUACUAUAGCGGAAUUCCGAAAUCCUUUGAACUGCUUAGAUGACAUCAUGUGCUCGAAUAUUAUGUCGGUUUCCGACUUGGAGUUAUCUUCGUACGAUGAUUAUGAUGGUACGGAACUGCCAGAGCUUCUUCAGAAUCUCCUAGUCUCCGUCGAACAUGCCAUUGAGAGGAUUCCCCUGGAUGACCUUAGUUUCCCUUGUUCGCAAUGUCACGAAUACAUACCCUUAGACAAAAAUGAUGAGUCUUCGCCUGAUUGUGCCUGUCAAUGUUCGUGUAGUGUAGCUCCUUCACCAACGCCUUUGGUUUCAAGAAAGGAAAUAUCCAUACAAACUAGUCCCAUGUUCGAAUUUGCUGGAUCGAUACCUCACAUCGACAGUGAUGCAGAGGACGAUAAGGAAUCGAUAAGAUCAGGUUACCCAACGAAACGACAAGAGGUGGCACGACCCAAGCGAAUUGCUGAUCUUCCCGAAAAACUGCUUCUAUCUGGAAUCUACCUUCCUGGUACCACCGACGUAGAUGGCCGACCGAUUGUCUUUUGUUAUGCUCAAAACGUAUCUUCCGCAGGACUGAAUAAAUAUGAAAUUGCCAAAUUGCUGCUCUAUUAUUCCUCGGUACCCACGACCGAAUGGACAAUCAAAGGCUUUACGGUUUUGAUAAUAGCUAAAAAUGAAGAGGAUUUCAAAAUUGUUCAGCUGUUGGAUAGAUCAGUAUGCCUCAUUGAAAACUUUAUCAAUAUUUCGAGGUAUAUUGUUUGGAGUCCUGAUACACACACUGCCGAAGAGAAGACUGUCACGAAUAGAGUUCAGACGGUGACCGUCACUGAUGGGCCAACCUUAGAAAAAUAUAUAAGCAAAACAGAACUUCCAAAAAUAUGCGGAGGCGAAGGUCUACACGACCAGGACGCCUGGAUAGCAUUCUUCCAAGAGCUCGAGCCAUUUUUAGAGAAAUGCAAAUCAACAGGUCGAAGUCUCCUAUCUACGCUCUCGAAGUUGAGGAGUGAAGAAGUGCCUAGCCAAAUAACCCGGAAGUUCCUGAACCAUCAGUGUAGACAAAUAUCAAAAGCUCUCCAGAUGGACUGUCUCAAGGAACUUCGUGAAAAUGGCUGUAAAAUUUUGGCACACCUUGACGAACAGGCUGGAAGACUUGCAGACAGCUCCGACGUUAAGCGAAAGGCAAAGUUUGCUCGUAUUUCGUACGAUGCUGUCAUACAGGUGGCAGAAAGGUUGGAAAAGUUGGAAAGGGAGAGAAGUGAAAGGCUGAAAGAACUCGCAAAAUUCAGGACGUUCCAGAAGGAGGUUUCUGAGCUCAUCACAUGGACCAGACAGGUAGCAGAUGAAACUUUGAAUAACUUGGUGCUGCUACUCCGCUCGUCGACGGACUCCGCUAGUGUUAAAGAAGUAACUCUUGACUUCGAGAAGUUUUUCUUUGGAGCUUGGCACCAAGUAGAGAAGGCUCAAGAUUUCGUAGAAGAAUGCAAAACUCUUGGCGAUGUCAAGGGUAACGAACUUCGAGAACUGGCCAAUAGCCUCAAUAUCCAGAUGAAGGUGUUCAGAGAACGUUUAGAAGAAACAAGAGUCCAAUUGGAGAAUAGUUCGCGAUGUUUUCUUCUAUUAGAAUCUUGCCACGAUAUCCUGGAGGACGAUAGUAAGGAACAGGAGGAGUUCAUCAAAUUGGCGCUUCGUUCUGGUAACAACAAAUUACAGGAAAUAUGCAAGGAUACAGAAAAGAAUAGGAAUCUGACAUCAAUACCACCUGAUAAACCCAUAGAGGAUUGUAACCAAAAUGGGGAUUUCAUGCGAAGAGGACCUAACGCCACAAGUACUCCUUCCAGAACGCCAAAAUCUCAAAUCCGCAGAAGAUCCAUAAGUUCCCACGCCUACAUAUACCACUGUAGUCAUCAUGCGGCUGGAGAACUUUGCAACUGCGAUGAAUCCGACACAGAAAGUUCUUCCUUAUCUUACAGGCUGAAGAAAAGGUACCUGCUCACACUACAAGGCAACUGCGGAUGCAAGGGGAAAGAUACCUUGGAGAGGAAGAACAGUGCUACUCUGGAUGGCAUCAAAGAGGAGAGGGAGAGCAUGGAAAAUCUCUUGGAAAAAAUCGACACUAGUCACAACGAGUGUAAAAGGUGUGAUAGUGGCGUUUCGACUGGAGAUAACUCGAUAGGGGAGGAGAGUGUAGUUUACAAUAAGAAAAAAUUACAAAGAACAUGUUCGUGUCAGUACUGUAGGGGCAGUUGUAUUAUGUGCAGUGGUAACAGCAACAGUUCCAGCGCUGAUUCGAAUCAGGAUAACACUGAAAGUCAACAGGAUAGCAUGAUGGAAGACAGUGGAUUUGUAAAAAGUGACGAUAUUGAGGAAGACUCUUAUCUUGAAGAUAAAAGGACGGUUUCUCCAAUAACGGCGAAUAAACAUCUGUAUUGCCAUGCUUCCAACCUAGACCUGCCUUCAGAUUCUACAUACAGUAGCAUGGAUCCUAAAACACAGAAAACCCUGAAAUAUAUAAUUAAAGAGAUGAUAGAGACUGAAAGGGACUAUGUCAAAUCGUUGGAUUACGUUAUUGUCAAUUAUAUACCAGAGAUUUCAAGAGAAGAUAUACCUCAGGCCCUCAGAGGUCAAAGGAACAUCGUUUUUGGAAACAUAGAAAAGAUAUUCGAAUUUCACAGUCAGCAUUUUUUGACCGAGCUAGAAGAAUGCGAGAAUAAUCCGCUGCAAGUUGGUCAGAUAUUCCUUAAGCAUGACAAAAAAUUCUAUCUUUACGCCCUCUACAACAAGAACAAACCCAAGUCCGACACCAUUAUGUCCGAGUACGGCUCCAUUUUCUUCAAGAGUAAACAAAUCGAACUUAAUGAUAAGAUGGAUCUUGCUAGUUACUUGUUAAAACCAGUUCAACGAAUGGGAAAAUACGCUCUCUUACUGCAACAGAUGAUGAAAGCUUGUUUGCCUCCUCCAUCUGAAGCACCCGAACGAGUCAUUCAAGAUUUCGACGACCUGAGGCUGGCUGAAGAGAUGGUGAGAUUUCAAUUGAGGCACGGAAAUGACCUUCUUGCCAUGGACUCUAUAAGAGAAUGUGAUGUCAACUUGAAAGAGCAGGGGAGACUGCUGAGACAGAACGAGUUUAUUGUUUGGGAGGGACGAAGUGGAAAGAAAUCUCUACGACAAGUUUUCUUAUUCGAAGAUCUGAUUCUUUUUAGCAAGGCGAAAAGAUUUCCCGACAAUAAGAAUUUAGAUCUCUACUAUUAUAAGAAUAGUAUCAAAAUGACGGAUAUUGGACUGACCCCAAAAGUUAACGACAGUCUGACAAAAUUCGAGAUUUGGUUCAGGAAACGGAAACCAAAUGACACAUUCACAUUACAAGCAAUGUCUCAAGAAGUGAAGAAGGCCUGGACCGAAGAACUAUCUCAGCUGCUGUGGAAACAAGCCAUAAGGAAUAGAGCUGCUAGAAUGGCUGAAAUGUCUUCGAUGGGAAUCGGGAACAAGCCUUGCCUCGACAUAAAACCAAGUGCAGACCAAAUAAGUCAUCGUUCUAUCAGCAUCGCACAGCUGAGUAGAAGUGCUCCUAGAUUCAGAAAUUCCAUUGCGGGGUCAAGUCCCGAAUCUUGCAGGGCAAUGAAGAGACCAAACUCAGUUAUUUCAAUGUCCAGCGUUUCGUCUGGCAGUACCAGUUCAGGAGCCUCUGGAAGUGGUAGAUUACUGACGAAUUCCAUCAGUUGCGAUUCAGCUUGUGACAGUCCUAAACCUUAUCAUCGAUCUGCUACAUUGAAUAGCCAAUGUUCCGUUGAGAGUGGCAUCAUUGCAGAUAUGUCGAUAGGUUCAGAUGAUGGUCGAGAUCAACACCACAUUACCGCAGGACUCUAAUCAAAAAUAAAAUUAUAACUACUUGGCUGUUUUAAGUCAAAAAUUUUUGUAUGUGCCAGAUUAAUUACCAUUUUUAUUCUAAGUUUCUAAGUCUAAUUUUGUAUUAGAUUAAGUUUUUAUGAUUCGCAAAAUUGUAUUAACGAAAUAUCUUGUAUAUGUUUCAUAGUUAUAGAAUAUAAUUUAUUUUUUAUUUUAUAAUAUAAAAGUUUUCAACUAACACCAAACAUUUUAACAGCUUGCUAUAUAUUAGAAUUCGAUGCUCUUCACGAUAACUAAGGAUCAAUUUCUAUUUUGAUAGUUUCCGUACUUCAAAUUUUAUAAGCAUUAUCAACAAUAGACAUCAGGGAAGCAAGUUACUUGCUAUAAAUAAUGUUAGAUGAAUUCACACUGGAAUAUUAUAUUGAAAUAAAUACUUUCCGUACAUCAUCAUUAAAAUAUGAAUUUGUAUUAGUCAUGAAUAAAGUAUGAAUAAAUAUGAUAAUUAAGUAA